AAGAAGCGAAAAAGAUAUGCGCUUGGUGGAUGUCUUGUGACGAUGUUUUUGUCGACUCAUGCAGUUCUUUUAUGGCGUCGAAGAAGUGAAUUUCGAACAUUGAAUGUAACUUUGCCACCAAUCAAAUGGGAAACAUUCCGUAAAGACUAUUUAAUUGCAGGAAAAUUCAGAGCUGGGCCUGAAAAAUUCGCUAGAACACCCGACGUACGUUUCGGCUUUGACGAUGACUGCGAUGCAUUCGAGAAAGCUCUCGAAAAUGCUCUCAGUGGUGCCGAAAAGUCAUGUGAUGUGCAUUUGGAAAUUAAUCGCUUCCCGUCUUAUAGGGAGUUGGCGUUCAUUUGCAUCAGCACUCUGUUCACGUUGGCUGCUGUUGGUCUGAUGAAGAUCUGA